AUGGCAGGCGUGCUCAUCCCUCGGUCAAUGCCGCAGCUCUCAGCCCUGCCGGCACUGGCGUCGGCAGAACCCUCGUCGUACUGGCUAACCCGCUCGCUCUUCUUGAGGUGCCUCGGAGGCGUUUUUUCGGUGGCGUUUUCGGUGGCUUUGCGGCAGAACCCGGCGCUGAUAGGCGACCAUGGAGUGACGCCCGCGAAGGACUACUUGAAGAGGGUCCUAAGGAACGGUUUUAAGGGCGACCUACGCGCGGCCGCGAAGAGAUUGCCGACGCUGUUCUGGUUGCUUCCGCCCGAGGCUGCUCUCGACCCGUGGCUCAAGCGAACGGCGGUUAUCGGGCUGUCCCUGUCGAUCCUUGUAACGCUGCUGGGUGCUGCCAACCUGCCGAUCAUCCUCGCGCUUUGGGUGCUGUACCACACGCUGGCCAACGUGGGGCAGCACUGGUACGGUUUCGGCUGGGAAAACCAGCUCCUGGAGACGGCGUUCCUCACCGCGUUCGCGGUGCCCCUCCUAUCCCUCCAGCCUUUUCCGGCGACCUGCCCACCUCCCGCUGUCAUCCCCUGGCUGUACAAAUGGCUUGCCUUCCGCAUCAUGUUCGGUGCGUUCGAGCGGAGGGCGGGUCUGAUCAAGAUCAGGGGGGACAAGGUUUGGAAGGACCUCACGGCGAUGGACUACCACUACGAGACGCAGCCGCUGCCGAACCCGAUCUCUUACUUCCUGCACCAAGCGCCCAAGAAGUUUCACAGGUUUGAGACGGCGAUGAACCACAUCGUGGAGCUCGGGGCGUCGUGGCUGCUGCUAGCACCGGUUCGUGCCCUGAGCUUGCUGGCCGGGGGGAUUCAGACCGGUUUCCAGCUCGCCAUCAUCAUCUCUGGUAACCUGUCGUUCCUGAAUUACUUGACAAUCCUCCCCUUCAUCUGGUGCUUCGAUGACAGGGCCUUGGCAUGGCUAUUCCCCGGGGCCGCACGAAGCGUUGCCGAGGCCGCUUCGGUCGGCGUGACGCCGCCAAUCAUUCGCUCGUUCGCGAGCUGGUUUCUGGUGGGGGUGGUGGGGUGUCUCUCCGCGCCGGUGGUGCGAAACAUGGCAUCGAAAAAGCAGUCCAUGAACCGGGCCUUCGAGCCCCUGCGGAUUGUCAACACGUACGGUGCUUUCGGCAGCAUCAGCAAGGCUCGACCGGAGAUCAUCAUCAAGGGGGCGUUGGAAUACGACGGAGAGAACACGGCAUGGCGAGAGUACGAGUUCCGAUCCAAGCCUGGUCCCCUGAGCAGGAGCCUCCCGUGGGUGUCACCGUACCACCGCCGUCUGGACUGGUGCCUCUGGAUAGCGGCUCUGGGCCACCGGCGCUUCAGCGCUUGGUUCCCUCGACUCCUGCUCAAGCUUGUCGACAACGACCGCGAGGUUUCCAAGCUGAUGAAGACCAACCCGUUCUUGGGAAAGGAGCCACCAAAGUACGUCAAGGCGGACAUGUACCGCUACCGGUUCACAAAGUUCGGGUCCGAGGAGAGCAAGAGGGGACAGGUGUGGACGCGAGAGGUGAUCGGCAGCUAUUGGGGGAUGACCAGCAGGGACGGACUCGUCGAAGCCAUUGGCCGAAACAGCUAGCCUAGGCGAAAGGCUUGGGAUUGGCUCGGCCAGAUGUAUGAUUGCCUGCCUGCGACCACCCGUGGUCUGGACGUUGAUGGCGGGACUGCACGCGUUUAUCGGGUGUAGAAAGGUUGUUGUGAGAGUCUAGACAACUGCGUGGUGUUUGUGUCAUCGGGUGCUCCGCAGCAGAAGAUGCGAUAUUUGUUCGACUUGUGGCAUC